AUGCGGGGCGUUAUGUUGGUUCAGCAAGGGAGAUAUGCCGAUCGUAAAGGGCUUUGCCGAUCGUUGAGGGCACUGCAGAUUUCUAGAGAUGGUGUGGUUGCUUGCGGAGGUGUCGUAGUUGGCUUGCCAAUUGGUUGUGGAUGGUUUGGGAGCUGUCUCAUAACUUUUGUCGAUGGCCUACCGAACAAAAGGUGUGACAUCACACCUUCCGAUCGGCAAGGGCAUUUCUGA